GCCACGCUGCAGAGGCAGCACAUCUUCUUUCUCAGCUCGGAGUACGAGCGCACUCAGUGGAUCGAUUCCAUACACGCCUUACAGGCGUCGUCAGCGCCCCCUGGCGGGUCGAGCGCGAUAUCGAUGCUGGAGCUGCAGGCGUGGGUGACGGCGUGCCGCAGCUACCUGCAGACGGACAUGGGCUCGUACCUGCUGCGCAGCGGCCGCGACGACUCGCUGCUGCUCGGCGACCUGCAGCUGCACAUCGGCGGCAUGACCGCGCCCCUCGACACCGCCGCCGAUUACUACGUGGUUGUGGAGGUGGACUCUUACGGGCACUAUUUCCGCAAGGCCAAGUCUAAGCUGGUGUGCCGCAGCGCGCAGCCGCGCUGGAACGAGACCUUCACGCUCGACCUUGAAGGCUCCCAGAACCUGCGUCUGCUGCUCUACGAGGAUGCCGCCCGACCAGUGCUAAGAGGGAAAUGCACGCUUAAGCUGUCGAAGGAGUGGGUGGCGGAGAGCGCGAGCGGGGGCGUGUCGC